AUGUUUCACUCCUUCAACAGCCGAAGCCCGCCAGCCUCGGCGGUAGGCUCCGCAACGCCGUCCCGCAAGGUGAACAGGUCAUGCCAGGAAUGUACGAGGCGCAAAGUCAAAUGCGACGGCGGCCAUCCGUGUGCGAGUUGCGAGUACUACAAAGUUGCAGAUACUUGCGAGUACAGGCAACGCAGUAAACGGCAUGCCGUUAGCCGGAGUACACUUGAAAGGGCAUCUGAACAACUUCAGGCUCAGUCCCGCAUUCUCAAUGAACUAUUCCCCGAUAUCCCGGUAGAAGACCUCGUCGGAAAGACUCGCUCACAGCUUCUCGCCCUCAUCCCUCGCGACUCACUCUACAACCUACCACCCACAACUCAAGAUCCUUCACCGACUGACAUCUCCGCCGUUGAUGAGGACGACGAUGAUAAUGACCCGAAUGACUCGACUCAGAUCUCGGAGAACGGCGAGCCCGCCAACGACAGGCGAUGGGAUGAAUCCGCUGCCGCUCAUCAGCCCACAGCGACUAUCCGUGCAAGCGACGACAUCAACGCCAUAUCCCUUGCAACAGACCAGCAUCGCCGCUCAUAUCUGGGUGUCACCUCCAUGAGUGCUGUUCUCAGAGCCAUCUUCCGUCUCUGCCCAGCCGCCAAAGAGCACACUGCCCAACGCGCAAAGUCAUGGACCGAGUCCUCGUCGUUACCCCAUUACCAGCAAAGCCUGCCCCCUCUCUCUAUUCUCAACGCAGCCAGUCAAGGAAUGAAUCCCCUCCGCGAGCAACGCUGCAUCGAGUUCUACUUUGAGCACAUCCACCCCAUAACGCCAAUCCUGAAUGAGGACGACUUUCGCACCACCUACGCCGCAGGCAACCGCCACGAUGACUCCUGGCUCGCACUACUGAAUAUGGUCUUCACUCUCGGCUCCGUCGCGUCAGGUAGUGACACACUACACGUGCAGUAUUAUAAACAAGCACGCGCCCAUCUCGGUCUUGACUCUCUGGGGUCAGGGAACAUGGAGAGUCUUCAGGCUUUGUGCCUUCUCGGCGGCUACUACCUUCACUACCGCAACUCACCCAACAUGGCAUACGCAGUCCUUGGUGCUGCUCAUCGCGUGGCCAUCGCUCUUGGCUUACAUCGCGAACCAGUCCGGAGUCACCGCCACGCAGCCGAGCACACCGCCGAACACCACAGCAUCCGUACCGAGACCCGGCGACGGACAUGGUGGAGCCUCUUCUGCCUGGAUACGUGGGCCAGCAUGACCCUAGGCCGGCCGACAUGCGGCAGAUGGGACAGCAGCACCAUGGACACGCUUCUACCAACUCCUCUCACCCCGGACGACCACGUCGCAGCUUCCUUGAGAGCCAGCUGUCACUUCUGCCACAUCUGCGACCGCAUACAACAUCGUUUCGCCCAACCCGCGCGGCUCUCCGCCCACGAAGCCCUGUCCUUCGACCGCGAGCUCCAUGAUUGGCACGCCUCUCUUCCUGAAGCCCUCAAGAACCCAGCCAACUCCCCUCCGAGGUUGACCGUCGCCCGGGAGUUUAUGCGGAACAGAUACCUCAACGUCCGACUAAUCCUGUCUCGCUGCUUCUUACUCUACCUCGCCCACGACCACAGCCUCAAACGAGGUAGCACUUCCGCAACCAGCGACAUCGCCUCAAAUAUCUCCCAAGAGGAGCUCUCCCUCGUCGAAUCAUGCCGUACUGUUGCAUCAGAAGCAAUCGACGCCAUCACGCUCUACUGGACACCCAACCGUGUCCACGUCUGGAACUCGGCAUGGUAUCUCUUCCAAGCAUGCAUGGUUCCCUUAUUAUCCAUCGCGAUUGAAACACAUCGGGCAACAGCAGCUCGCAAACAUCAACACCAAAACGCCCAAAGACGAACAUCAGGCGCAUCGACCUCGGUCCCGAUUACCUCAAUAACAACACCUAAUCAUCCGCCUCCAGCAGUCGCAAGCUCUCCGGAUACCGUAGCCUCCGUCGCCUUGCAAACAUGGUGCGCAAGUUUAACCAAGGCCCUCGAACUCUUUGGCGAGAUGCGCCCCUGGAUGCGUGCCUCGGACAGGGCUCCGGACAUCGUGGCAGCGCUGUAUGAAGCCGUUACCGCGGAGGUCGAGGGCGGGUCAAACGCGGGGUCCACGAUUCGGACACCUUCUGCGACCACGGACGGAGGGAUGGAUCUCACCGACACUACAAGUGGCUGGCUGCCAUCUUGUGUGGACUACGUCAAAAAGACCACGUCGGAAAAAUACCUAACGAGGAAGGGAUGUUACAAGGACUACUGGGCAAUCAACGGCACGUUCGCGAGACAGGUGUUCUUGGUUAAUGACCCAAGCGACAUUGUCAGGCCUUCAACGACUAGCAGCUCGUCAACAGGGUCCGAUUCCUCCUCUUCCACUGCCACUACCUCGACAUCUACACCAGCAACAACAUCCUCAGCCUCAGAUCAAUCGAACACAAACAUCGGAGCGAUAGUCGGCGGCGCGAUCGGUGGCGUAGCAGUGAUCGCGCUGGCAGUAUGUGUGAUCGUGUGGCUGGUGCUACGCCGGAGGAAGUCAGCCCACAAAGACGAUCCAUCACCUAUGUCAGAUCAUCCCGAGACAAGCCAACCAUUCAUCCAGCCCUACGAGACCUCUCAAGUCAGCCCUGGCAGCCAUGACAAGAGGCUGAGCCAACAGCAGGUUCAGCAGAGACCUGACUCAAUGUCCCCUGUUCCGCAGUAUAGUCCGGGACCUUACUUAGCCGGUGGUCAUAAUGGGAACAACACGGUUGAGUUGGGUCGAUAG